UGUCGUCGCACUACCUGCUCUCUGUGGACCGUCGUCGACCAUGUUCGCCGCCCGUCGUAUCGCCCAACUCGGAGGCGCUCGUGCCUAUAGCAGCACGGCUGCUCUCUGGGGUGCUGGAAAGGUAACCCAAGUCAUUGGAGCCGUUGUGGAUGUUCAAUUCGAUGAGAAACUCCCCAAGAUUCUCAACGCUCUGGAAGUGGAAGUCGUAGCGGGCGCUGAGCGCCUCGUCUUGGAGGUUGCCCAGCAUCUGGGAGAGAACACUGUCCGUACGAUUGCUAUGGAAAGUACCGAUGGUCUCGUCCGUGGACAAAAGUGCGUCGACACUGGCGCUCCUAUCCAGGUCCCUGUCGGUCCGGAUACCUUGGGACGCAUCAUCAAUGUGAUUGGAGAACCCGUCGACGAGAAGGGACCCAUCUUCCUCAGCAAGGAGGCCGAAAAGUACGCCCCCCUCCAUCGCGCCGCCCCUACUUUCACGGAACAGGGACGAUCCCAGGAUAUUCUCGUCACUGGAAUCAAGGUCGUUGAUCUUUUGGCGCCUUACGCCAAGGGAGGAAAGAUUGGUCUCUUUGGCGGAGCCGGUGUCGGUAAAACCGUCGUUAUUAUGGAACUCAUCAACAACAUUGCCAUGAACCACGGAGGAUACUCCGUCUUUGCUGGUGUUGGUGAACGUACCCGUGAAGGUAACGAUCUUUACUACGAAAUGAUUGAGGGUGGAGUCAUCAAGAUUGAUGAAAAGACGGGAUCCACCGCUGGUUCCAAGGCUGCCCUCGUGUACGGACAGAUGAACGAGCCCCCAGGUGCUCGUGCCCGGGUUGCCUUGACUGGUCUCGCUAUCGCUGAGUACUUCCGUGACGAAGAGGGCCAGGAUGUGUUGCUAUUCGUCGACAACAUUUUCCGGUUCACCCAAGCCGGUUCAGAGGUGUCUGCCCUCCUGGGACGUAUUCCUUCGGCUGUCGGUUACCAGCCUACUCUAGCGACGGACAUGGGAGCUCUUCAGGAGCGUAUUACUUCCACCGGAAAAGGAUCCAUUACCUCCGUGCAGGCCGUCUACGUGCCUGCUGAUGAUCUGACCGAUCCCGCCCCGGCCACCACCUUUGCUCACUUGGACGCCACGACGGUGUUGUCUCGUUCGAUUGCCGAACUUGGAAUUUACCCUGCUGUCGAUCCCCUCGACUCCACAUCCCGUAUGCUUGAUCCCCGUGUGAUCGGACAGCGCCAUUACGAUGUUGCCCGUUCCACUCAGAAGCUCCUACAGGAUUACAAGUCCCUCCAAGAUAUUAUCGCAAUUCUGGGUAUGGACGAACUCAGCGAAGACGAUAAACUCACCGUCUCUCGCGCCCGUAAGGUCCAAAAGUUCAUGUCUCAGCCUUUCCAUGUCGCCGAAGUCUUUACGGGUACCGCCGGAAAGUUUGUGUCGCUCGAAAAGACCAUUGACGGCUUUUCCCAGAUUAUCAAUGGAGACUACGACGAUUUGCCGGAGGGUGCCUUCUACAUGGUUGGAGAUAUUGAAGAUGUCAAGGAGAAGGCGGGUCAAAUGGCUAUGUAAACGAGGAUUACGCGAUUGUUAUUAUAAGUCGGGAGUCGUUCCCCCCUUUUUCGACGAAAGCGUAUUUCGAAAACUAAUAGUUCAACGAAUUCCAAUU